UUGUGUGCAGAGGUGUGGAUAGUGGAUACCCCUCAACCUCUAGAAAUUUGCCUGACACUUUGCAUUUGGCAGCAGAGAAGUCACACAGCCGCCUUCCCUUUGCUCUAAUGGAUCUACCCAGUACCUUUCUACUUCUGCUUGUGGUCACUGCCAUUGACCUGUGUCUCUCCCAGGAACCCGUUAUUGAGGAUCGUGCCAAACCUGGAGAAUGUCCAUUGGAGGGUAAUGGGAUCUACUUUGAUCCGCCUUGCACGAAAGACGUUGAUUGUCCAGGCAGCCUCAAAUGUUGUGAAACUUCAAAUGGGAUUAGCUGCUUUCCUCCAAGCUUCAGAAGUCCAUGUCGAGGAGAUUUUGACUGUCCAGAGACACUGAAGUGCUCAGAGGGAAACUGUAUCAGUGACAUUGAUUACAUCAACUCACCCACCACAAUUAGUAAUAACUGAGUCACGACAGGAAAGAAGACAACACUUAAAAUGAUCCCUAAUCUCAUGGACCAACCCAGUUAAAUGUAGUUGAAAAUAAAGCAUAUAAAUAAAAAAAAUUUAAAAAAAA